CAUAAUCUGAACCAAAUAUUAGACUGAUUGCAUGUAUGAAGGAUACCUAUAAGUCAGCAGAUAUAAGUACAUCAAUGAAAUAUGCUGAAAUUAAUGGAAUUCCAGAGGUUACUGGUUUCCUAGGUGACCUUCAACAUAGAAUAUAUCCGAAGAAACAUUUCUAUAUUUGUCCUGAUUAUAACAGGACUGCGGAUUGUUUACCAAGUGAAAUAAGUGAAGAUUUGCAUUGGAUAUUCACAAAAAAGGUCGAAAUAGGACCAACUCUUAUUUAAAAGUGUCUGUGUUUACUUCACCAUGGAAAAAUCUGAAAUAAACUUAAUUAACUUGGCAUAUCAAGGUGACAUUAUCAAUAAUGGAAAGUCAUGUUAUUAAGUUGAGUAUGCGUAGUUAUCGGUGGGAUCCAGGGUCCAUUUCAGAUUGGGAUGAUCAAUACUACAAAUAUUUUCGUAGAAUUCAUCAAACUACUUAUAGUAAGCAGAAUCUAAAAAUCGGAAGAUUUGAUACAAAGAGUCUGAGCUUAGAUACAACUCUUAUGAAUAUUAAGAGUUGUACUCAUAAAUUAAUGAUGAUGAUGAUUGGUACUGGAAUCUGGGAUGCACAUUUUGACAUGUCUAAGACUCGUCGCCUGGGUGUACUGCAUUCUCAGUGGUUGAUAGUCUCAAUAGGGAUACCAAAGUGUUAUCCAACUGACGAGUUCUAAAUAGGACGAACUGAGCAUCCUGGAUUCUACUGCUGGGCACCGUCAUUCAGAAAUAGCAGCAUAAUCAAUCAGCGAUAAAGGCAGAUUUACGAAUAUUUACACCUUUCACUGAAACUUGUAACUUCUGUUGGCAGUAUAGGGUCGUAG